AUGAGUCAAAAUGGUGGUGGAGCAGCUCUAAUCAAUGACCUUUCCUCGACAGCAUCAUCAUCGUCAUUGACAACAACAACCAUUUCAUCUUCAGCUCAUCCACAAGACAUGUCACAACCAACACUCGUAACUGUCAAUCAGACAAGAAGUAGUUUAAACGGAUGGACAGAACUCUUUGAUCCCAAUUAUCAACGAUUUUAUUAUCAUAAUCCGGAAUCGGGUGAAACAAGUUGGUACCAUCCCAGAGAUAAUCCAACUCUUCAAAAAUCAUCAUCAUCAUCACAACAAUUAUCCAACACAACUUCCACUUCUUCACAACCAUCCACAGAAUCAUCCAAGAAUCAUACUCUCACUUCUCAAUCAUCAUCACAAACACCCCUACUGCUCAUUCGUUCCAGUGAUCCAUUAUCUUACAACCAUGGUUCGACUCUUGAACUUUCCAUGAAAAACGAAGAACUUAAUUCUAGCACCAGCACCAGCAGCACUCCACUCACGAAUCGAAUGGGACAUUCCAAUUCGACAUCUUCAUUCCGAAAUCGACGAGGAGGUGUCAAUCCCGCCAGAGUGAGUGAUUCUGAAGUGAGUCGAACCGUGAGUACACUUGUGGUUAAUAAUAAUUCACAACAACAAGUGAAUACUUCUCCAUCAUCCGUAAUAUUGAGAAAAAACAAACCUUCUCCAACAACCCUCACGACGACGACGACGACCAGUACCAACUCGAAAAGGAAAUCGAAUCGUUUGUUGAGCUCCAUCUCCGAUCAAUACGAUACCUUGUUUGAACGAGUGGAGAAGAACAGCCGGACCACUACCACUACCACCACCACCGCUGUCGUCUGCUCUACAGGAAAUAAUUUCACUCCACUUCUUACUUUAUCCAAUGAUUCAUUCACCAUUAAGGACAAAUUCAUCAUUCUUCAUUUAUCUCAUUUAACUUGUGUGAAUUCCUCUUCAUCAUCAUCCUCUUCAUCAUCAUCAUUGCCUUUGUCAUCAUCCUCGUCCUCCUCAUGUAUUCAAGUCAUGGAACAAGAUUUGAAACAAUCUCCUCUUUUAUUUGCAUGUUUGAGAGGAGAUUUUCAAACCUUUACGGAUCUAUUGAGUCAACAACAAGUGGCAAGAUCGAAAGCAUUGAGUGAGUCAUUACCCAAUUCGAAAUUGAAUCCACUCCAUUUGGCAGUCUCUUCUGGAAAUAUUCAUUUGGUCAAGUAUUUGAUUUCAUGCAUUCAAAUGAAUAAGGAAGAAGAAAAAGAAUGUAUAUCAUUGAAUCAAACAGCAUUCAAUUCAUUGACUGCUCUUCAUAUUGCAUCAUUGUUUGGUUUAACACAAAUUGCCUACUUGUUAAUCGAAAGUGGAGCUGAUACCACUAUUGGAUGUCACAGCACGCCAUUGGCUCCUCCCUAUUUUCAACCCUUAUUAACAAAAUAUUUGACACGAGCUCGAGAUAUUUCUUCGAGUUUUUAUACUCCAUUUCUGUAUGGUGUUUUUGGAGGAAGUGUGGAAAUAUUGAUCAUGUAUGGAAAUUGUCAACAGAGUCAUGCAGUGAGUGUGGAACAGAAUCGAGAGGGAUUCAUGAUGGAUGCUUUAUCGUUGGCUUGUGUUUUGCAACAUGUGAAAAUGGUAGAGAUUAUGUUACGAGAGGAUUAUGUGUUUAAUUAUGAUGUGAAUUUUAUGGAUAAUAAUGGAAUGAGUCCAAUUAUGUUUUUGGCAUGGUCGAGUGGUAAUGCUGCAAUUUGUGGUAAACUCUUGGCAAAACAAGCGAAUCUAGUGGGUGUCAAUAGAGCCAAUGGUUAUUCAUGUCUGCAUUUUGCAAUUGCAGCUGGAAAUUAUGGUUUUAUCAAGAAAGUAUGUCGCUCCAAAGAAAACACUGAAGAGCUCGCCAUCCUCUUGCGUAUUCAUAAUCCAAAACAACCUCUAAAUGCUCUCCAAUUUGUGAACAGUAAGGAAAUUGAAUCGACCAUCUCUGCAGACAUUCGAAAAAAGAUUGAAUCCAUUUUAAAGUCGUAUGGGGCCACCGAAAAGACAGGUUUCAGUGAAAUUGUGAAGGAAGGUUAUUUGACCAAGCAAGGCCAUGUUGUGAAAAAUUGGAAAAAGAGAUGGUUUGUAUUGAGAGUGGGUGAAUUGCAAUAUUUCAAGAGUAUUCAGAAAUUGAAAGAGCCAACAGGAACCAUUAUUUUGCAAAAUGGAAGUGUUGCCAAAACCUUUACGAAAGGAUGUUUUGUAUUGUAUGAUUCUAGAAAUGACAAAAAGUACUUUAUUUUGGCUUCGUCUGAGGAGGAAAUGAACGAAUGGAUGGAGGCCAUUUCAUUCUGCAUUAACCAAGCUGGUGUGUAA